CCUCCCCUUCUUUUUCCCCAGGCCCAGCUGCUGGAGAUGGAGCAGGGUCAGUCCCUGCUGGAGAUGGGCGGACCGACCCAGCUGGAGCUGCAGCAGGAAUUAGAGAGGCUCCGGGGGGCCCAGGCCCAGUCCGAGAGGACCAUGGAGGCCCGGGAGCGUGUUCACCGGCAGCGUAUCCGCGGCCUCGAGGACCACAUCUCCACCCUGAAGGAACGGCUGCAGCAGGAGGUUCGCAGGGGCCCCCAGAGCUUCUCUCCAUCCUCUCCAUCAUCUGUUGCCCCUGGAAACUGAGUCCUCCAUCAUCACUCCGGACUUGAACAUUGUCCUGGUGCUAGGCCUGCCCUGGCCCAGAGGCCCCAGAGCUUGGCAGGGGCCGCGGGGGGUCACGGGCAGGGCCUGGGCAUUGAAGCGCGGGGGUGGGAGAAGGGAGGCUGUGGGGCACGUUAGCGGCGCUCAGAGGCACAGGCUGCCUCGGGGUCUCCCCAUCGCCAGAGGGACCCAGCAAGGGGGGCUACAGGCUUCCCGCUCGGGCCCGGCUCGGCCCAGACAGCCGCCAAGGUCCCACGAGCGUCGAGAUUGUGCGAUUCUGCGGCUGUUCGCCCUCCGCAGCUGGGCCGUUGGCAAAGGUACCGAGGUGGGCUUCCCCUGCCCGGGGACCAAGCCCAUUCGUUCCAGCCAGUCAGGGGCCGUGAAGCACAUUUUGUUUGGGGUAGGGGAACCCCCACCCCCGUCAGUGCUCCCCUCCCGCCUCCCCACCCACGGAGGCCAGGCCACUGGCCUCUUCCCCCAGCGUCAACGGUCAUCCCCAUCGGCUGCCCCUCAGAGAACGGCCUGCGGUUCAUUGGCCUGCUAAGAAAAACCCAUCUGUGUUUCUUUGAGGAAAAAAAGGGAGAAGAAAAA